AAGAUGUCGGCAGAGAUCAUAUGUUUUAAAUGUAAAAACGAAGUGGACAUUAAAGAUACAUUAUUGUGUCACAUAUGCAAUAACAGAUUUGAAUUCGACUGCGCUGGUUUUUCCGAAAAAUUAUAUCGUAUAAUGAAAUCAGAUACUAAGAAAAAUUGGAAAUGUAAAAAUUGUAUACAUAAAUCUACAGAUCCUGCAUCAUUAAUAAAUACAUCAAUUAAGACAUCUAACUUUGUGACAACACGGAAAAAAAUAUCGGGUACAAUCGUCUCAUCUAAAGCCAAAGAAUGCAACAUAAAUAGUGGUAUAGUACAAUACAUUUUGGUAAGCAAUUCUAAGGAAAAUUCACUUGAAGAAUCGACUGAAAUUGACAAUAAAGAUGUCAUCGCAAGUGAUAAAAGUAAUAUUGUCAGAAAUAACAGUAAAAUAACUUCUUUGCCAGAUUUAUCUACGACUUAUCAAACCACGGGCGAGAAUUCUUUCAAUAUAACAUCUCAUAGCUUACCUGAUAGGACAACCGAAGAGAAUCUCUUCAUUCAGGAGUUAAAGAAUGAAAUUGAAAAACUACGAUUAGAAUUGGACUCAGCAACUGCCGAAAUUGAUAACUUGAAUUUAAUGAAUAGAGAAUUGUCUAAAAAAAUUUAUGACCAAGAAAAAAUUAUAAAAUUAUAUAAAACAGUUGGAAUAACCGACUUCAACGCGAGUAUAAAUAAAACGUCAUCUACAUCUACACCAAAAUUAAUGUACAAUAAUAAAACGAAGAAUCAGUCGACAAAAAAACAAAAGAAGAAUAACAUUUCUGCUAGCUACUUAGAUAUAAUUCCUACUAAUGAGUCGAGUUAUCCAGCAGCGCCACCAGCGAUGCAACGAGAAGCGGUUUAAUGCGUGGCUCAUCAGAUUAGCAAUGUACGUCAAGCUUCACAAGAUGGCGCUUCAUCCUAUACUGUGACUACGGACGGCGACAUCCAUUAUACCUAAACAAAAGAUAUUUAUACUUGGUGACGAAGGGGCAGUGGGUUUAUCUUGUAAAAUAUUAGAGACUAGGAAAAACAAAUGGAAUGAUAAUUAUAAACCAUUUUGACUUGUUAGACCUAAUGCUUAUUCGUCGGAAACUCUUGAAGAUUGCUAUACGAUUAAAAAUAAUUUAUCUAUGAAUGAUUUUGUAGUUGUUUGCACAGGAAACCAUGACUCUAAUCCGUAUAAUUUAUUUUCAAAUAUA